AUGCAAGUUCCACACAGGCUAAAACAUGAUAGAGCUGGAGAACCAGUUUCUUACAUUAAAAAAAGCAACAUGUCCAUUGACGAGUAUACCAAUGCCAUCACGGAAAAGAUGGAGUUUGCUUUGCGCAUCGUCCCUGAAAAGCUAAAAAAAAUCGAUAAAACCACCAAUAAGGUUGAAGUUGGCGAGAAGAGGAAGUUUGAGGGGUCUUCAAGAUCCGAAAAGAAAAAUAUGUUCCCGAAGUUUGACCCCAACAACAAGAGGUAUGGGGAUAGCAAUGAACAAAAGUGGUGUGACAAGUGUAGAAGGAAGCACAUUAGGAGAUGCUCUAAAGAGGUGACCUACUUCAAAUUCGGGAAGACUGGUCAUUAUGCCAAGGAAUGCACAACGAAGAGGGAAUUUUGCUUUCAGUGUAGUGAAGAAGGACACUUCAAGCAAGACUGCCCAAAGAGGGAAGGAGCUACAAAUCCAAAUGCACUGCGAAAGCCAAAGGCAAGAGCAUCCCAAAUGAUCCUUAAUGAAGCAGGCGAUUAUGUAAAGGAUUAG